CCUACGCGUCCCACAUACGCGUCGGUGCACUCACUGCGUUCACCAUUUCAGUCACUCACCGCACCUGCACUCUCCAGCAUGGCUUCCUCAAUGGCAGUCGACAAGCCCAGAGCACCAAAAAUUGAUAUCGACGAGUACCUCACGCUUGCCUCCUUCCGGAAUCUGUACAGUCGUAAGCUAUGGCACCAAUUGACGCUCAAGCUGUUUGAGUUCUUCGACCACCCACUAUCGAAGCCGUACCGGGUAGACAUAUACGACAAGUUUGUUCGGGAUUUCGACUCGCGGCUUAACCAGCUGCGGUUGGUGGAGAUGGGGGUGAAGGUGUCAAAGGAGCUUGACAAUCCUCAGAAACACCUUGAGUUCCUGACCGACCUGCUCUCGCGGGUAGAUACUGGGAAGGCCCCAGAAGCCCACGUGCUCCUGUUGGCAAGCAUCGCGCAUGCAAAGCUGCUGUACGGUGACCUAGAAGGCACGAAGAGUGACAUCGACGGCGCAUGGAAGAUCUUGGAUGAGCUGUCUGGUGUGGACAAUUCUGUGAACGCAGCCUAUUACGGUGUUGCUGCAGACUAUUACAAGGUGGACAAAGGAGGGUACGCGGCUUACUAUCGCAACUCCCUGCUCUACCUGGCAUGUAUCGACCCCGCCAAGGACUUGACGGCAGACGAGCGCCUCGUGCGGGCGCACGACCUCGCUAUAGCGGCGUUCCUGGCGGAGACGAUCUACAACUUUGGGGAACUCCUGAUGCACCCGAUUCUGGACGCGCUGGACAACACGCCUGUGGAGUGGCUGAAGAAACUGCUCUUCACGUUUAAUGAAGGGAACAUCGGCAAGUUCGAGAGCCUGUCACCACUUUUCCCGCAGGAGGCCAUCUUGCAGGAGAACUACUCCUUCCUCCGGCAGAAGAUCUGCCUCAUGGCGCUGAUCGAGUCGGUGUUCAAGCGCGGCGCCAGCGACCGGACGAUGUCGUUCCAGACCAUUGCGCAGGAGACACGGCUGCCCCUCAACGAGGUUGAGCACUUGCUCAUGAAGGCGCUGAGCCUGAAGCUGAUUAAGGGCUCGCUCGACCAGGUAGACCAGAAGGCAUAUCUUACGUGGGUGCAGCCGCGGGUGCUCUCAGUCGAGCAGAUUGGGCAGCUCGCGCAGCGGCUGGCUUUGUGGGGCGAGAAGCUGCACAAAGUGGAGGAACGCAUUGCCCCCGAGGUGCUUGUCAACGGCUGAUCAUGAUACGCACGCAAAUGUUGUAUUGUACUUGCAUUAUGGACUUAUCUCUCACUGCGACAGCUGUAUGCCGUCCUCGAGCAGGUGACCGUAUCGUCAGCAAGCCAAUUCAGGAUCUGUGCGACGAUCCGGAUUCUAGAAUGGCAUCGUGGUGUGGAACGAGGAUAGCAAAGUAGUGAGACCCUUCCGGAGGUCAUAUCCUCUCACGACAAAUCGUUCCGGCUGUAUGGCAUCGGUAGCGAGAGUAGUUACUCUAUUUCGCCCGUACUAGCAAUCGAUCUCCCCUACAAUGGACGGCCCCAAUACCGACCACCUGUUGGAUAGACGAAUUCGCAUGUUCUCAGCAUCUUUACCGUGCACUCUGGUCCGUCCGGCUCUGAA